AUGCUCUCCGCCCAGACUCUCCUCGUCGCCGCCAUGGCCGGCUUCGUCGCCGCCGAUGCCAACUGGCCCAUGGCCACGGGUGGCGGCCGGUGGCCCCCCAACCACAACAACACCGUCGUCACCCGCGUCGUCGACAAGUACGAGACCUACUGCCCCGAGCCGACGACCGUCUGCAUCGGCACCAAGACCUACACCGUCACCAAGGCCACGACCCUGACCAUCACCGACUGCCCCUGCACCAUCACCGAGGAGUGCUCCACCUGCCGAGCUCAUCCUACCAAGGCGUACAACGGAGCUCCCGCGGCCGCCCAGGUCACGUCCGGCUCCAAGGCACACGACGUCGACGUUCCCGUCGUCGCCGGCAGCGAUGGCCGCACCGUCGCCUACGGACUGGCCGUCGCCAUCGCCGGCGCCGCCGGAUACUUCAUCCUGUAA